CGAAUAGACCUAAAAUAAAAAUGGCGCGUACGUUAAUGUAGACAUAACCAGAAAAUGAAAAACGUGUACAUGAUUAAUAAGUUUUAUUAAAGAAUUUAUGGACAUGCACUUACGUUUUUAAUAAUAGCGUUUAAAUAAACCUCCUUGAGACAUGUUGACAACAAAGAUUUUUUUUAGGAAGACGAAGGGAGGAAAUAUAUUUAAGACUGUCAGAGAACACUAUCUUAGAGAUGAUAUUUACUGUGGAUUUAAAGCGUGUAAGAAAUGUAAGGCAAGAUCUCGAAACAUGAUAUUGGAUGAAGAGGAUGCUGGUGCGAAAUCGUCUUUAAUUUUAUCCCCUUACGUUCUUAUACUUGAUACAAAUAUAAUUCUGGAUCAAAUAGAUAUAUUGGAAGAAGAUGUUAUCACCAAUGUCAUUAUUUUGCAAACGGUGUUGGAGGAGAUUCGGCACAAAAGUUCAAAUGUAUAUAAAAAGUUGAAAAACAUUAUAAAAGAUCCAAAACGAAAAUUUUAUGUGUUUAUUAAUGAACAUCAUCAGGGGACUUACAUUGAAAGAGAACCAGGUGAAAAGAUAAAUGAUCGUAAUGACAGAGCAAUACGAGUUGCAGUCAAGUGGUACAGCAAUCAUUUGAGUUCUGAUGAGUACAAUUUAAAAGUUGUUUUGCUAACAGAAGAUGUAGAUAAUAAACGUGCAGAUGAAGAUGGUCUACUUGCUUUAUCAAUGGAAGAUUAUAUUACAUCAUUGGAAAAUUCAAGUUUUCUGUUGGAUAAACUAUGCAAACGUUCCUAUACUAUGAAUAUUCAAGGCCGAGAACUGUUUCCUUGUCAUUUAACACCUGUGGAAGUGCAUAAUGGUAUAUCAUCUGGCAAACUGUUGCAAGGAACAUUUUCAGCAUCGCGGGAAAAUUUUCUUGAAGGAAAUGUCAAUGUUGAAGGAAGAGAGAAACCUAUAUUUGUACAAGGACGUAUUAAUCUUAACAGAGCAGUCGAUGGCGAUAUUGUUGCAGUUGAGAUUCUACCAGAUGAUGAAUGGUCAUCUCCCAGUGAAAUCGUUCUGCAGGAUGAACAAACAGUAGAUGAUGCUGAUGAUAUUUCAGAAGAUGAAAAGGAGCUCGCUAAAUCGAGCAAAUUAACGAAAGAAAAAAUACCAACUGGUAAAAUUGUGGGUAUUAUUAGGCGGAAGUGGAGACAGUAUUGUGGAAUAUUGCAGCCAAAUCCGAUUAAAGAAAACAUAAGACAUUUAUUCGUGCCAGCUGAGAGGAAGAUUCCCAAAAUAAGAAUCGAAACUCGACAGGCUGAAAUAUUAAGUAAGCAAAGAAUUAUUGUCGCACUCGAUUCAUGGCCGCGAAACUCGAGAUAUCCACUUGGCCACUUUGUACGAGCGCUCGGCAAUAUAGGAGACAAAGAUACAGAGAAUGAAGUGUUACUUCUGGAACAUGAUGUUCCACAUAGCCAUUUCUCUGAUGCUGUUCUUAGCUUUCUUCCAAAAUUACCAUGGAUUAUUACAGAAGUGGAUAUUGCGCAAAGAGAAGAUCUUCGACAUCUGGAUAUCUGUUCUGUGGAUCCACCAGGCUGCACUGAUAUUGAUGAUGCAUUACAUUGCAGAAGUUUACCAAAUGGUAAUUUCAAUGUUGGUGUGCAUAUCGCGGAUGUGUCGCACUUUAUAAGACCCGGAACUGCAUUGGACAAGGAAGCAGCUUUACGAGCUACCACUGUGUAUCUUGUCGAUAAACGAAUUGAUAUGGUCCCAGAAUUACUCAGCUCAAACCUUUGUUCUUUGCGUGGGAAAGAAGAAAGAUUCGCAUUUACUUGUAUAUGGGAAAUUGACCCUGAUGCAAAUAUAAUCAGCACAAGAUUUUGCAAAUCUAUAAUUUGUUCGCGUCAAGCUAUGACGUAUGAAGAAGCUCAAUUGAAAAUUGAUGACGUCACUCAGCAAGAUGCUAUUGCACAAUCAUUAAGAGGAUUGAAUCAAUUAGCUAAAAAGUUAAAGAAGAAACGUCUUGAAAAUGGUGCUUUAACUUUAGCAUCACCAGAAACGUUCCAAGUAGACAGCGAGACUCACGAUCCUAUUGACGUGGAAGCAAAGAAGCUGAGAGAAACUAAUUCUAUGGUGGAGGAAUUUAUGUUGCUUGCAAAUAUUAGUGUCGCUGAAAAAAUAUUGGCAGAAUUUCCAGAAUGUGCUUUACUAAGAAGACAUCCCGAACCACCGCAAAGUAACUUUGAGCCAUUAAUUAAAGCUGCAAAAAAUCAAGGUUUUAUUAUUAAUACAAGUACUGGUAAAGAGUUGGCGCGAUCACUGGAAGAAAGUAAUAAGGAAUCGAAUCCUUACUUUAACACAAUGCUAAAGAUAUUAGCUACUCGAUGUAUGUUACAAGCGGUGUAUUUCAUCAGUGGAAUGCAUCAACAGGAAGAAUUUAAGCAUUUUGGAUUAGCAUGUCCCAUUUAUACUCAUUUUACAUCUCCCAUUCGAAGAUAUGCGGAUAUAAUCGUACACCGAUUGUUGGCCGUAUGUAUAGGCGCCGAUGCAACUUAUCCAGCUUUAUUGGAUAAAAAGAACAAUCAUCUGCUGUGUCACAAUUUAAAUUAUCGAAAUCGAAUGGCUCAAUACGCUGGUCGAGCUUCAGUUGCUCUUCACACACAUCUAUUUUUCCGCAAUAAAAUUCAGGAUGAGGAAGGAUAUAUUCUUUUUGUCCGAAAAAAUGCUUUGCAAGUUCUUAUACCGAAAUACGGUUUAGAAGGAACACUGUAUCUAAAUAAUCCCGCUUCGUCGAACUCUGUCACGUUCACGUAUAAUUCAGAAGAUCAAUCUCAAACUUGUGGAAAUGUUGUAUUUCGGGCAUUUGAUUCUAUCGUCGUGCAACUGAGUUUGGACAGAUCUAAUGUUCAACAUGAAAAAUUAGUUUUUAAACUCGUAAAGCCAGAAAUUCCAGACUUUAGUAUUCCUCCACUAAAUAAAGAAACUGUCAGUGACACUGAAGAAAAUUCUAUGAAAGAAACAUUAAAACGAAAGGCAGAAGUUCAACAAGAAUCACCCAUUGUUUAUAACAAAAAAGUUGGGAAGAAGAAAAAGAAAAAGAAAAAUUAAAAAUACUCUAUUUUAAAAUAAAUGUGAUGCAAAUUGUAUAUGAUCUGGAAUUGGAUAU